CGUUGUUGCUGUGGUUUGUUGAGUCGAGGCAGAGCUGUCAUAUCAGCUAGCUAGCUAACGCAUUAGCUACUGUUUUGUCAUGUCAAGAACAACCUACCCCCUCGCAACACAGGGCUGCUAACGACUUCAUUUUUUAACAUAUCCACCUUCUAGUAGGGUCAGAGGAUAGAAAUCUGGGAGGAGAGCGCAAGACUGAGAUGAAAUGACAACGUCAACAUUACAGAAAGCGAUUGAUCUUGUGACCAAAGCCACAGAGGAAGACAAGGCAAAGAAUUAUGAGGAGGCCUUGCGACUGUACCAGCAUGCUGUGGAGUAUUUCCUACAUGCCAUCAAAUAUGAGGCCCACAGCGACAAGGCGAAGGAGAGUAUACGAGCGAAGUGUAUGCAGUACCUGGACAGAGCGGAGAAACUCAAAGACUAUCUGAAAAAUAAAGACAAACAGGGCAAGAAGCCUGUCAAGGAGGCACAGAGCAAUGACAAGAGUGAUAGUGACAGUGAGGGUGAAAACCCAGAGAAGAAGAAACUACAGGAGCAACUUAUGGGUGCCAUCGUAAUGGAGAAGCCCAAUGUCAGGUGGAAUGACGUGGCUGGACUGGAGGGAGCAAAGGAAGCUCUUAAGGAGGCUGUCAUCCUGCCCAUCAAAUUUCCUCACCUCUUUACAGGCAAGCGGACUCCAUGGAGAGGCAUCCUGCUGUUUGGUCCUCCGGGAACAGGGAAGUCGUACCUGGCUAAGGCCGUGGCCACCGAGGCCAAUAACUCCACCUUCUUCUCUGUCUCCUCCUCAGACCUCAUGUCCAAGUGGCUGGGAGAGAGUGAGAAGCUGGUGAAGAACUUAUUUGACCUGGCUCGCCAGCACAAACCUUCUAUCAUCUUCAUCGAUGAGGUGGACUCACUGUGUGGCUCCAGGAACGAGAAUGAGAGCGAGGCCGCGCGCCGUAUCAAGACAGAGUUCUUGGUCCAGAUGCAGGGUGUGGGAAACAACAACGAUGGUAUCUUGGUGCUGGGAGCCACCAACAUCCCCUGGGUGCUAGACGCUGCCAUCCGCAGAAGAUUUGAAAAGCGUAUCUACAUCCCUCUGCCGGAGGAGCCAGCUCGGGCCCAGAUGUUUCGUCUUCAUCUGGGCAACACACCGCACAGCCUGAGCGAGGCCGACCUGCGGCAGCUCGCCCACAAAACAGACGGUUACUCUGGCGCUGACAUCAGCAUUAUUGUCCGGGACGCUCUCAUGCAGCCUGUUAGGAAGGUCCAGUCUGCCACCCACUUCAAAAAGGUUCGCGGCCCAUCCCGAAGCAACAACCAGGUGAUGGUGGACGACCUCUUGACUCCUUGUUCCCCUGGCGACCCUGCAGCCAUAGAGAUGACCUGGAUGGAUGUACCUAGUGAUAAGCUACUGGAGCCCAUAGUCUGCAUGUCGGACAUGCUGCGCUCUCUGUCCACCACCCGUCCCACAGUCAACACUGAAGAUCUCCUGAAGGUUAAGAAGUUCACAGAGGACUUUGGGAUGGAGGGCUGAGAGACAGAGCCCUGCCCCACCUCUCCCCGGUCCACGAGAAGGGUCAAACUGUUCCCACCAACACUCAUCACCCCCCCCCAUGCCCCAACUGCUGUACCAUCCUGUAGGCUUUCAUCUCUCAGCUGAGCGCUUGGUUCACUGCCUCUCAUGGAUUUGAAAGAAGAGACUGGUCUGUUCGAACAAAAAAAUGAAAGGGGUGGGAAAUCUUGUAUUUCUUACCUCUAAUCAUCCAGGCCAGAAUUUUUGAAUCCUUGGAGGAAGUUGACUAAAUGCUAUAGUAGAAAAUCUUGAUGUGAUUUGGUAGUUGGACAAUAGAACCCAUGUCUUACCCUCAUUUCAGAUGUUCAGUUACAAAGCAACCGCUACAGUGUAUUCACCACAAGAACUCUUCAUCUAACCUGCAUUUAUGCGAGGAAAGCUGCAUUUGAAGCCAAAUGCAUUGAGUUUGUCCCUCUCUGAGCCGAUUCUCUCUGACUGAAGGACUGUACAUUUUGUUGCCAUCGUGCACUUUGCUUUGGAUCGCAAUGAAGGACAGUGACGCUUAAAGGAGAAACAAAAGAAAAAGAUAGUACUCCUGCCAGGCAUGUGAGUGUGUGAAUGCAUCUAAGUGUUUUUAUGAAACUUGUGUCUUAAUGUAUUUGUCUAUAUGUUGGGAGCUCUGUUGUUUUUUUUUUUUUUGAUGAAGAGUUAAUUGAUCAUCACUGCCUCAGUGUCCCUCUACAGCUCUGUGUGUGUCUGCAUCAGGCCUGUGCCUCUGUGCCAGCAGAAGUCUGAGUGAGGCUUUCAUGUUCCAUAUUUACAUUACAAGAGAUGUGCUUGAUUGAGAGUCCCAACACCUCAUUCACUCAGUCCAAAAUCUUUUAAAAGUUUUUUUUUAAUUCUGUGGUAAUCUCACCACAAGGUUCAUUUACUAGCUAUUCUGGAGCUUUCAGACUGUCAGGUGAGCUUCCUCAACGGAUGUUCACUUGUAGUAUUGUUAAAUUUAACAACUUCUCAUUCACGUUGGCUUAAAAUUUGAGGUUGAAAUUUCAUACUUGACCCUGGAAAUAACAUUUAGAAGCUGUUGUGGGGCUUUUGAUUAUCUCACAUGAUCUUCAUCACCACAGCUUUUUAAGCCAACAUUGAUGAGAGGUCCAGGAAAUGCUCAGAGGAGAUUCUGGGCAAACUAUCUGCUGAUGAAGAUCACGUGACACGAUCGAAAGCUCAGACUGUUUUCUGAAAUGCUACUUCCAACUUCAAGGAUGAACUUUAAACCUCAACUCCAGUUGCUCUGUUUAAAUCAACUCAAAUUAGUUUUUGCACUGCAUUUCCCAGAAUACACUUGUCUGAAUGUGCGGUCUGCCCUGGAUUUUCUUUUAUUGAAGUUUGUGUUGCAGUUUCUUUCUUUCUUUUUCCUCCCAUGUAAGAGAAUCAAUCAAGCACAUCUCUUUAAAUCUGCAUAUUUUGAUUUUGUCUUGUUUGCCCUGUCAUAAAUUGUCCUGCAGUGUUACAGAACACUAUUUCCACAACUUGUUCGAUCACAUCUGACAUGUAACUUGACUGACUAUAAUAGACGUACAGAACGUUUACACUUGAAGUAUUUAUUUUGUUGAUGUUUCAUGAAGGAGCUCCAGUGAAAAUCUUGUUUUGUUUUUUUCUUUUGGGAGGCAAAUGUACACACAAAGUUCAAAUCUGAGGCAAUCACCACCAUAUUGUUUCAUUACUGUCUGUUCAGGGCUGGCUUUCCUUCUCCUGCUUAAAUAGUAUAGUGUCCUGUUGUCAGCUAACAGACAAUAAGGAAAGCGAGCCCUGCUGGCUAUCGAGAAGCAGGACCACACAGUUAGUUAGUUUUAAAUAAUCUUUUAAAUCUGCUAUUGGAUGUUUGUUCUGUACCAACUCUCUGACCUCUCACUAUCGCACCAGAACCACAGGCUUGUCUGCUAACUCAGUGAUGGGACUUCUUGUGAUAGCUCAGUGCUAGUAUUGCUGUGUGUUUGUGGAGGUACAUACUGGUUCAGUGGGAGGUCAGUUAUUAACGUCCCUGUAAGGGGACCCAACCUGCCGCUGGCCAUGUAACCAUUACUACUAAUUUAACCUGCAUUAAUAAAAACUGACAUUUCAAAUGAA